AAUAUUUCUAAACUGGUAAUGUGUUUUUAUUGCUUAGAGACUAGUCCCAGUAGGGAGUUCUGCGUUCUUUCUGCUUUUGCUGGUGCUGCUCGCUCGGCCCCUUUAAAGCUGGACUGGAUCAUCCCUCUGGAGGUACGGACAGCAGCAGAGCAGAUAGCGCCUCACGCAGCGCCGCGUUCGGUUCUCAAACGGAACACUGCACGUCUGAUCUCAGCAAUCCCAGCUGCGUCAUAUUCCAGCUUUUUCUUGAGGCGACUGCAUGAGAAGCUGAAGAAUUCCGAGACAAACAACAGAGCGGUGCAGGGAGUCAGGACGGAUGAGAGACAGUGCACGGGCUCUGCUGACAGGCGGACUCAUUGGUGCUGCAGCAUAUCUGAGCCUGGGCUGCGCACAUUUCCAACACUCACGCACAUCCGAACCUUUUUCUGCUGCAGGAGGGGUUGCUUACCUCGAUACCUUACCAUGGAACCUACGGAGGACUGAGCUGCAAACAUCUUCUUUUGUCAAAUAAAAGUAGCAGUGGAGGAAAACAACCUAGAGGGCGUUUUAAAGGAAAGAGUGAAAGCAGCAAAAUGUCUGUUCCUGUCCAGGCACCAUUUCCUAUGCUGAUCGGGGUUGUGUACAGACCUCCAGACUACAGUUUGAGAUCGUUUAUGCAAAACCUGGUAUUGCUGUCUUGAGUCAUUGACCUUUUCACAGGUGAGACCUUCAAAACCUUAACACUUUUUGUAACACUGACCAACUCCUGGGUGUGAGACUGCUUGGAGCCUGGUUUUGUUACCAGAAGCCCUUUUUAAGAGAACGUUUCUUCUGUCAAGCUGCAUGUCAUUUUGUAUGACAACACAGAAGUGGCUUUGGUGUUGCCAUUUGACCAGACUGGCUGGAACCAAUUUGUAUCAAGUCUAUACAACCAGGCAUGUUGCUGUAAGAAAGUGAACUGCAUCAGAACCAUAAUCUUUUUCAGUCAAACUUUACCUUCUCUGUGUGGAUUCAGGUUUUCGAUGGAAGGCUUAAAGAACGUUUUGGCCAAAGCAUUGUAUGACAAUGUGGCGGAGUCUCCAGAUGAACUUUCCUUUCGCAAGGGUGACAUCAUGACAGUGUUGGAGCGGGACACGCAAGGGUUGGACGGAUGGUGGCUCUGCUCUCUUCAUGGCCGCCAAGGCAUUGUCCCUGGGAAUCGUCUCAAGAUCCUAGUCGGCAUGUAUGACAGUAAGCAGCAACAGCAGGUCUCACCUACCACGCCAGAUCCAGCUGUUUCCUGUCCAACCUCCCAGGUGCAGCGACCCCUCCCCACUCAAAGCACCUAUACCCAACCAACACCUGCCAUCUCUACACCAUCUGUGCCAGUGUACGCAAAUAAGCCCCUUCCCUCAGUUCAGUAUACAUCAAUGCACCCAGCGUACUCAAUCCCAAAUCCUGCACAGCCAAACACGGACUCUGUUUACAUGAUGCCCCCUUCCCAUGGUCCCAAGAUGAGCUCCAAAAGUCUAUAUCAGGUUCCAUCUGGUCCAAGCGGAUCCUCUGCACAAGCCCAACCAGGACCCCCUAAAAAGACCUCAGCUCUAGGCCAUCGAUCAUUUGAUGGCCCACAAGAUAUCUAUCAGGUGCCCCCAUCUGUAGGUCUAGGGCUAAGUCAGGCAACCGUAAACUCCGGGGUUAAAGCAACUGGCCAAGAUGUAUACCAGGUACCCCCAUCCUGGGAGAGCAGCACCAAGCCACUUGGCAAGGUGGUUGUUCCCACUCGAGUUGGACAGGUUUAUGUGUACGACCCAGUGAAAGCCGACAAAGGCGAGUAUGACGUCCCACCCAGACAUCAGCCUCCGGCCCAGCAAGACAUUUAUGAUGUACCACCCACCCGCCAGCAGUACAGCACCCAGGUGUAUGACACUCCCCCUAUGGUGGUAAAAGGGCCAUCUAGUGGUCAAGACAUAUAUGACACCCUAGCAAUCACAGAGAAGAACCCCCAGCAAACUGUGUAUGACUUCCCUCCAUCAGUGAGUAAAGAUGUUCCUGAUGGUCAGUUAAUCAGAGAGGAGACCUAUGACGUGCCACCCCACUUGGCCAAACUGAGGCACCAAGUUCCCAUUGCUCAUGACCAGUACCAGCACAACGUCAGCGAUGAUGAUGAGCUGCCGAUUCCAGAAGACGUUUAUGAUGUUCCACCACCUAUCCUGACAGAGAAGCAUCAUCAGGGUGAGAGAGGUGCAGUCAGGCAGGCCACGCAGGAGAUCUAUGACAUCCCAGCCGCCUUGCGUUGUGGAGGCCUCCCCAGCCAGGAUGUGUAUGACUUCCCACGGGAACGAGAGGACAGAGGGGGUGAGAGGGGAGACCAGUAUGUCUAUGAUGUCCCACCACAGGUUGUUCGUGAUGCCCAGUCCAAUGCUGAGGAGCUGACCAUGUCUUUUAAGCGGCUGUCUGCUUCAAGCACAGGAAGCACACGCAGCAACCACUCUUCUUCUUCGUUAGACAUGGUUCCUGUCCGGGACACCUCCUCAGUUCCUUCCUCUAGCUCCAUCCAAGGAAAACCGCUCAUGUUGGACCUUGAUCAGGCCAUGGAGCGACUGUCUCGCCUACAGCAGGCUGUUGAGUCCAGUGUUUACCUCAUGAUGUCGUUCAUCACAGGCAACUGGAGGAGCCCUGCUCACCUGGAGGAAAACCUUACAGCCCUUCAUCAGGCUGCUGACCGGGUGCGAGCCACUGUCCGAGACUUCCUAGAAUUUGCUCGGGGCGCUGUUGCAAAUGCUUCCCAGGCAACAGAUCGCUCACUGCAGACCAAGCUGGGCCGGCAAGUGGGAAAGAUGGAGGACGUCUUCCAGAAUUUGAUUCGGCACAGUCAAAGCUUAGACAGCCUCUCAUGGUCACCCACAGCAUUGUCAACUCCACCUCCAGGAGGGGAUGACUUAGAUCGACUGAUAAUGACAGCCAGAGGCAUCCCUGAUGACGCCAAGCAGCUUGCCUCGUUUCUCCAUGGUAAUGCCUCACUGCUCUUUAAAAGGACAACUCGGCAGCAGCAGCUGCCCCUUCCUCCAAUCCCAGGGGAGAUGAGCGGUCACAUGACAGGAUCAAGUAGUGGAACCUACCAGGCAGGGGAGAAAGUGCAUAUUCAGUCACGGCCCCUCCCUUCUCCACCAAAAUUUACAGCUGCAGAUGAGGAGGAUGGCGUGGACAGGCCAUAUGAGGUCACAGAAGAAGGCUGGAUGGAGGACUAUGAUUACGUCCAUUUACAGGGAAAGGAAGAGUUUGAGAAGAACCAAAAACAGCUCCUGGAGAAAGGAAACAUUAUCAGACUCAACAAGACACAACUGGAACAGCAACAGAUUAAACAAUUUGAACGGCUAGAGCAGGAAGUCAGCCAGCCAAUAAACAACGACAUGACAGGCUGGAUUCCUUCUUCGAACCAUCCUCUGGCCAACCAGCUAUUGAAGAAUGGCCCUGGAAAGCCCUCCUCCUCCAAGCUGUGUCACGGUGACCGCCAGUUCCUCCUUUUUUACCAGGAGCAGUGUGAGCAGAACAUCACCACAGUUACCAAUGCCAUCGAUGCCUUCUUCAGUGCCAUCAACUCCAACCAGCCGCCAAAGAUCUUUGUGGCACACAGCAAAUUUGUCAUCCUCAGUGCGCACAAGCUAGUUUUCAUCGGGGACACGUUGUCACGGCAGGCAAAGUCUCCGGAGGUGAGGGCCCAAGUGGCCCAGAGCAGCAACACCCUGUGUGAAAAACUCAAAGACAUUGUAAUCAGUACAAAAACAGCAGCGCUGCAGUAUCCCUGUCCAGGAGCAGCCAGAGAGAUGACGGAGAGGGUGAAGGAGCUGGCCGGGUGCACGCAGCAGUUUAGGAUGGUCCUUGGACAGCUACUGGUGAUGUAGGAAGUCAAACCCAAAAUGCACUGGUUCACUCGCUGGGAGGAGUAAGUCUUCUGAAUGACAUGCAGUGGAACUGGUGAAAACUCCUGUAAUGCGAGGUUAGACACCAAACAGGACAUUUUUUGUUUUAACUCCUGAGACGCAGCAUUAAGGCCUGCAGGAAUUAUCUCUCUUCUCCAUCCGCUUUGUGUUCACUACGAUCAUUCCUCGCUUAGACUUCUCAAACUAGACAGCAGUAAAGUAACAUUAUAUGUUAGGUGGGCUGUAAAAUAAUGAGUGUAAAUAUUUAACUUCCCUGUUUAGUGAGAUGAAGAGAAAGAACAAGGCAUCUAAAAAUAAAAUGUUUCCAUUUUAAAGAAGGAAAUAUGAAAUCAUAUUUGUAGUUUAAGACAUUAUCAAUUAUUGUUAUUAAUUAUUGCAUUUACUGUUCUAAUCAUGGCUCUGAUUCUUGAUCUUUGUGUCAUUCUAGGUAUUGAUGUAUAAAUUCCAGAUGUUAUGUAUAGCUCUAUGUUGUAGUGAGUGCCUCUAUCCCUGACAGACAUCUUUUAGAAUCAUCUGGUGAUCUGAGGUUGCCCCAGUGGCUCAAACUAUGAUAGCUGUCCCACCUGCUCCCCAAAACGUCCCCAAAAGUGUAAAGCUGCAGGUGCAGUUAGAAUAUCAUCAGUGCCAUCUCCCAUGAUUUUCUUUUUUUUGUUUGACAAACUGUAUCUAUGUUGUUUUGUAAAAGGCAUGUAUUCCACUAAUGUGUAAAACGUUAAAUACACCAAUGCAAUCAA